UUUAAUGUAAGAACUUAAAACAUCUCGCAAUAGGCAUUAUUUUAUAUAGAUAACUGGUUUAUUCAAUUCAAAUUGGCUGCACGUAAGAGGUCAUGUUAUCAAAAAAUAUAGUUUGUUAUUGAAAUAAAGAAUUUGAUAUUUAUCUCAUCAUAACCUAUUUGAUCAAAAAAUGUAUGUAAAUUGUUAUAAGUUGUGUAGUUUUAGAGUUAAUUUUUUUAAUAACAUUAGUUUUAAUUUUAAUCGAAAAUAUCACAGUGAAAAUGUUUUUGGGUUCAAGAGGAAAGAGAAAAAAGUAUAUAAAGAAGCGCAGGACGUGAUCGAUGCCAAAUGUAGAGAAAGUAACUUCUUUCGUUUAGUCACAGCUUAUAGACAACAUGGCCACAAGUGUUCAAAAAUUAACCCUGUGACGUUAGCUACAAGCCACAGCCUCAUACCGGAAUUAGAAAUUAACAGAUAUGGUUUCAAAGAAAAUGAUAACGUUCAAUUUGACGGCAUCAUUAGUUCUGGUCAAAAACAAGGAAGUAUUGAAGAUGCAAUUAAGUUUUUAAACAAUGUUUAUUGUAGUUAUCUUGGAGCUGAAUAUCUACAUUUGGAAAAUGAAGAAGAGAUUGAAUGGAUGAACCAACAAAUUGAAAAAUUACCUGAAACAAAUUUUAGUAAUGCAAUAAAAACAAAUAUUGCAACGGAUUUACUAAAGUCACAAUGUUUUGAUCAAUUUUUAGCAAAAAAAUUCACUAGUUUAAAAAGAUACGGAGGUGAAGGAUGUGAAAGUAUGAUGGUAUUUUUUAAUGAAGUAUUUAAAUUAUCUGCAGGAGAGAACAUUGAGCAAAUUGUACUUGCAACGCCGCAUAGAGGACGAUUGAAUUUGCUAACAGGAUUGUUGAAUUUUCCACCUUCAAAAUUAUUUAGUAAACUCAAAGGAAAUCCAGAUUUUCCCUCGCAUUAUAAGUCAAGCGGAGAUGUUAUUAGUCACUUUAUUGCUUCUACGGAUCUUACUUAUGAUGAUCGUUCUGUACAUAUAUCUUUACUAUAUAAUCCGUCACAUUUAGAAGCAGUAAAUCCUGUAUCAAUGGGAAAAACAAGAGCAAAACAGAUGAUGUCCAAAGAUGGAGAUUAUGGAAACCAAAGUUGGUCUGAUAAAAUAUUGAAUAUACAGGUUCAUGGUGAUGCAGCUAUCAUUGGCCAAGGCAUUAACCAGGAAUGUUUGAGUUUAACUAGUGUGCCACAUUUUGAAAUAGGAGGUUCUGUUCAUCUAGUGGUCAAUAAUCAAGUAGGAUUUACUACUCCUGCUGAAAGAGGUAGAUCAUCUCGUUAUUGCACAGACCUAGCUAAAAUAAUUUCAGCACCAGUGAUACAUGUUAAUGGAGAUUAUCCUGAGGAUGUCCUAAAGGUUACUAGAUUGGCUUUCGAGUACCAACGAAAAUUUAGAAAAGACAUUUUUGUCGACAUUAAUUGCUAUAGGCAAUGGGGUCAUAAUGAACUAGAUGAUCCAAGUUUCACCAACCCAGUACUGUACGAUAUUAUAAGAUCAAGGGAGACUAUACCUGAUACAUACGUUAAAAAACUUAUCAACGAAAGUGUUUUAACAGAAGACAACCGCAGAGAGAUAGUUGAGGCGUAUGAAAAAUAUUUGAAUGAUGAACUAAACGCCGCAGAAAAUUAUAAUCCUCCGGAUAUUUAUUUUAAAAAACAAUGGGAAGGAUAUAGUCAACCUGGUGAUGUUAUUACUACUUGGGAUACUGGGAUAGAUACAGACAUGAUGACAUUUAUUGGUACAAAAUCGGUGCGAGUUCCAGAAAAUUUUGAAAUUCAUCCAACUUUAAUAAAAAGUCACGUAAGAAAUCGUAAUCGUAAAAUAUCAGAAGGUACUAACAUUGACUGGGCAACUGCAGAAACAUUGGCUUUUGGAUCUUUACUAUUCCAAGGAUUCAAUGUGAGAUUAAGCGGCCAAGAUGUAGGAAGAGGAACAUUUUCUCACAGACACGCAAUGUUAGUCGAUCAAAAAACAAAUAAUAUGUAUAUUCCUUUGAACAAUAUGCAUGAUAAUCAAUCAGCGUUUUUAGAAGUUGCAAACAGUAUUCUUUCUGAAGAAGCUGUACUUGGAUAUGAAUAUGGAAUGAGCGUUGAGGAUCCCAGAAAUUUAAUUAUAUGGGAAGCACAAUUUGGGGACUUCUUUAAUGGUGCUCAAAUAAUUUUUGAUACAUUUGUAAGUUCCGGUGAAACGAAAUGGUUAUGGCAAAGUGGGUUAACAGUGCUUUUACCUCAUGGCUAUGACGGAGCUGGCCCAGAACAUAGUUCUUGUAGGUUAGAAAGAUUUCUCCAAAUGACAGAUUCUAAAGAAAAUACAGUCGAUGGUGAUGAUAUCAACAUGCAAAUUUGUCAGCCUAGUACGCCAGCUCAGUAUUUUCAUUUAUUAAGACGACAAAUGGUUCGUAAUUUUAGAAAACCUUUGAUAGUAGCUACUCCAAAAAUUCUUCUUAGAAAUGCGUCUUGUGUUUCAGACUUUGUAGAAAUGGGACCUGGAACAUUUUUUAAGCCUGUAUUAGGCGACUCUAUGGUGGUUCCUUCUAAAGUAAAAAAAAUAUUAUUAACAUCUGGUAAACAUUUUUAUUCUUUAUUGGAUAAAAGGGGUUCGUUGGGAGUUACAGAUACUGCCAUCAUAAGAGUUGAAUCAUUUUGUCCCUUUCCUACGUUAGAAUUGAGAGAGGAGAUCUCGAAGUAUACAAAUGUUAAGGCAAUAAUUUGGUGUCAAGAGGAACCUCAAAAUAUGGGGGCAUGGAUGUUUAUAAAACCACGUUUCGAGAACCUUAUUGGAAAACAAAUCAAAUAUUGUGGGAGAGAAACGCUUGCAACACCAGCAGUUGGUAUAGGAAAAUGGCAUCAGAGACAAGUAACAGAAGUGAUAACAAAACCAUUUCUCGUUUAAAGCUGUUUAAAAAUUGAGAAAAAUAAGAAACUGCAAAAUAUAAAUUUUAAAAUUCUAUGAAAAUAUAAACAUGAUUAUUUGUUGAGUAGGUACCUACCUAUUAAUAGGUAUAAAUCAAUUUUUAUAUGUAUAAAUUGUAAUGUAUGACUAUGACGUCAAUAGGAUUCUGAAAAUAAUCGUGUUUAAAUUUUAUUUGCAUUUUUACUACAUCAUGAUUAUGAUGAUUUUAUUUACAUUAAACAGUGUGUCUACUUAAGUGGGAACCAUAUGGAAAACUUUAUUAUUGGUUUUGUGAAAAAUUUUAUUCUUGAU